CGAGCAUUGCACUAGCUGGGGAUGAAGCCUGUAGUUCCUAUUUUGACGCUUAUUCGCACAGCACGCUGUAAUAAUAAUAAUAAUAAUAACAACGCCACUGUGUGUAAAAGAUGUCUGCUCCACACGGGCCCCGGGGCGGCCCUGGCCCUGCUGCUGCUGCUCCCUCAGCGGCCGGCGCCAUGCCGGAGAUGCCGGACCUCAGCCACCUCACCGAGGAGGAGAGGAAGAUCAUCCUCGGCGUCAUGGACCGACAGAAGAAGGAGGAAGCGAAGGAGCAGUCUAUGCUAAAGAUCAAAGAAGAACCAAAGCCUCAGCCGGCACAGUGGUUUCCCUUUAGUGGGAUCACUGAGCUGGUAAAUAACGUUCUUCAGCCCCAGCAAAAGUCCCCAAAUGACAAGGAGCCAGAGCAAAAUGCAAAAUUGCACCAGCAGUUUGAGUCAUAUAAGGACCAGGUUAAGAAGAUGGGGGAGGAGGCAAAGCAGGGUCAGGACCAGAAGAGCGAAGCCCCAACCUGCGGGAUCUGCCACAAAACCAAGUUUGCCGAUGGCUGUGGCCACCUCUGUUCAUAUUGCCAAACGAAAUUCUGUGCUCGGUGCGGAGGACGAGUGUCUCUGCGGUCAAAUAAGGAGGACAAAGUGGUUAUGUGGGUAUGCAACUUGUGCCGAAAACAACAAGAAAUCCUCACCAAAUCGGGGGCAUGGUUCUACGGCUCGGGGCCUGAUCAAGCGCGGGGUGUGUUUGAGGGUGGGCCACAGGGGAAGAAGGCCAAACUGCAGGACCCGUCCCUAUACCCCUACCAGGGAGCCUCAGGAGACUUGACACCAGCGUCAGACAGAAACAGACCUCACGGCGGGCUCCUGCCCAGACAGGCGUCCCUUGACAACGGUUCAGGGCUAAGGAAACGAAGCCCGUCUGCAUCCAGGGAUCCAAACCAAAAAUACGACCAAAGGGAGGGGGGCGACCACUCACAGUAUGCCCCGACGGACGGCGGCAUGCCUAGAUCACCGUCUGACUAUGGGGAGGGGGACCCUCGGCGGGCUCCGCGGGGCCCACACAUGUACUCAGACAUGGAUGCAGCGCGAAUGGGCUAUCGGGACCGUCGAGGUCCCGGUCGCUGGCACUCACAGGAAUACCCACUCGACCAGGAGCUAGAUGGACCGCCCAGUGAGUAUGACCUCCAGCGGCAGCGCCAGGAAGAGUUCCAGGCACGCUAUCGCAGCGAUCCCAACCUGGCACGCUACCCUGUUAAGCCGCAGCCCUAUGAGGAGCAGAUGAGGAUGCACGCUGAAGUGGGCCGGCUAAGGCACGAGCGUCGCCACAGCGACGUCUCCCUGGCCUACACGGAGCAAGAUGAGCCCAGCCCCAUCCGGCUGUCGCGUCAGCUUCUCACUGAGCGCCGGCCGCCUAUGGUGGGACAGCGCUCCUACUCCGUUGACCGGUCCUCCCCGGGGCCAAUGGGCCCUGGCCUCGGAGGCCACAGAGGAAACCACAGCCCCCCAACGCCACAUCGUAGUCCCGUUCUGGGUGACCGGUCGGGGGACCUGCGAAGAGGAGACCUGGGGGUAGGUGGGGAUAUGAUGAGGAGGCCGCAGCACCACUUGGACCCCAGUUCAGCUGUCCGCAAGACCAAGAGGGAGAAAAUGGAGAGCAUGUUGAGGAACGACUCUCUUAGCUCAGACCAGUCGGAGUCGGUGCGCCCGCCGCCCCCCAAGCCCCACAAAACCAAAAAGGGAGGGAAGAUGAGGCAGGUGUCACUGAGCAGCUCGGAGGAGGAGCUGGCCACCACGCCGGAGUACACCAGCUGUGAGGAUGUGGAGAUAGAGAGUGAGUCAGUUAGUGAAAAAGGGGACAGUCAAAGGGGAAAAAGAAAAACUAUUGAGCAGGCAUUUAUGUCCGAGGCGACACACACCUUAUCUGAGAGGCAAAAGAAAAUGGUGCGCUUUGGGGGACACUCAUUUGAAGAGGACUUGGCAUGGUGUGAACCGCAGGUUAAAGACUCGGGAGUUGAUACGUGCAGUAGCACUACGCUAAACGAGGAGCAUAGCCAUAGUGAGAAGCACCCAGUGACGUGGCAGCCGUCCAAAGAUGGGGAUCGCCUAAUAGGGCGCAUUUUGCUCAACAAGCGCAUGAAAGAUGGAAGUGUGCCUCGAGACUCAGGUGCUCUGCUCGGUCUGAAGGUGGUGGGAGGCAAGAUGACAGAAUCUGGUAGACUUUGUGCUUUUAUCACUAAAGUGAGGAAAGGAAGUCUAGCAGACACUGUUGGACACCUCAGACCAGGAGAUCAGGUGCUGGAGUGGAACGGGAAGCUUUUACAAGGAGCCACAUUUAAAGAAGUUUACAAUAUCAUACUAGAAUCCAAGCCGGAGCCGCAGGUGGAGCUGGUGGUCUCGCGGCCUAUAGGAGAUAUUCCAAGGAUACCAGACAGCACACACUCACAACUGGAAUCAAGUUCGAGUUCUUUCGAGUCUCAGAAGAUGGACCGUCCUUCCAUCUCUGUCACAUCUCCUAUGAGUCCCAGCAUGCUGAGGGACGCCCCCCAGUACCUGUCAGGACAGCUCUCAGUCAAACUGUGGUAUGACAAAGUGGGCCAUCAGCUAAUCGUCACCAUCCUGGGUGCCAAAGACCUGCCACCCAGGGAAGACGGCCGGCCCAGGAACCCUUACGUGAAAAUCUACUUCCUCCCUGACAGAAGUUUGAAUUAUUGUUCCUCCAGUGACAAAAGCAAGAGGAGAACAAAAACAGUAAAGAAAUCCUUAGAGCCCAAAUGGAACCAGACCUUUAUGUACUCGCCGGUGCACCGGCGGGAGUUUCGGGAACGCAUGCUGGAGAUCACAUUGUGGGACCAAGCCAGGGUGAGGGAGGAGGAGAGCGAAUUCCUGGGAGAGAUCCUGAUUGAGCUGGAGACGGCUCUUCUCGAUGACGAGCCACACUGGUACAAGCUACAAACACACGACGUGUCAUCUAUCCCACUCCCACGUGCCUCCCCGAACGCACAGCGCCGGCAGCUCCACGGAGAGAGUCCAACGCGGCGGCUGCAGAGAUCCCAAAGGAUAAGUGACAGUGAGAUCUCAGACUAUGAUUGUGAAGACGGCGUUGGGGUAAUAACAGACUACCGGCCAAAUGGCAGAGACUUCCAGAGCUCCACGUUGUCGGUCCCCGAGCAGGUCAUGUCUUCUAACCACUGCUCUCGGUCAGCUGAUAUAAACAGGGUGCGGUCGCGCUCUCCCAGCGUUCCCCCACCCUCCAGGAGCCACGGAGCCAUGGAUAGACACGAGUAUCACAGCAGGUCCCGCUCUGCAGACCAGCGGCCCACUAUAGAGCGCCCCACGUCCCGCUCGCGCUCCACUGAACGCCCCCACGACUCUUCGCUCAUGAGGUCCAUGCCUUCUCUGCCAUCUGGGAGGUCCGCCCCCCCCUCACCUGCCUUGACGAGGGCACAUCCGCGUAGUGGAUCCGUCCAGACCAGUCCCACAAGUACCCCUAUGUCCAGUAGACGAGGUCGGCAACUCCCACAGCUUCCACCCACAGGCAAAGACAGAAGUAUGGACAUGGAGGAGAGGACCAGACAGAUGAAACUAAAGAUGAACAAGUACAAGCAGGGAGCUGGUUCUGACUCGAGACUGGAGCAGGACUACCACAAGCGUUCAGGCAGAGAUCCACGGGGCUCCGACAACUUGUCAGCCAAGUCGUCGGACAGUGAUGUAAGCGACGUGUCCGCUGUGUCGAGAACCAGUAGUGCCUCUCGGUUCAGCAGCACGAGCUACAUGUCUGUCCAGUCAGAAAGGCCGCAAGGAAACCGCAAGAUCCGCCAGUUGCGAUCGAGGAGCCAUUCUCGGGAGGGGGAUGAGCAGUUAGGAGAAGUGAGGGAGGAAGAGGAGGCAGGAGAAAAAGGCAGAGGGGCUAGUAAAGAAGGGAGGGUGCAGAGAGAGGGGAAGAGGUCGGAGGGAAAGGUAGACGCAGGCGAAGAGCAUCAGAAGGAUUUGGUGGAGAAAGAAGAGGACUUGCACCAAAGGAGUAUCUCAGAGACUGACCUCAGUGACUUUGCAUCCAAAAUGAAAAACAGGCAGAUGGGCUCGUCGGGUGGGAUAAACAUGACCAAGAGCACAAGCAUCAGUGGCGACAUGUGUAACCUGGAGAAGACGGACGGCAGUCAGUCGGACACGGCGGUUGGCACGGUAGGCACUGACGACAAGAAGAGGCGCUCCAGCAUUGGUGCCAAAAUGCAGGCCAUGGUUGGCAUGUCGCGCAAGAGCCGGAGUACCUCUCAACUCAGCCAAACAGAAGCGGGAGGUAAAAAGUUGCGCAGCACUAUCCAGAGGAGCACAGAGACAGGCCUGGCGGUGGAGAUGAGAAGCAGGAUGACUCGGCAGGCCAGCAGGGAGUCCACAGAUGGAAGCAUGAACAGCUACAGCUCCGAGGGAAAUCUCAUCUUCCCUGGUGUGAGGCUGUCCUCAGAUGCCCAGUUCAGUGACUUCCUGGAUGGUCUUGGCCCUGCUCAGCUGGUUGGGCGACAGACAUUGGCUACUCCCCCUAUGGGAGACAUCCAGAUUUCCAUGGCGGAGAAGAAAGGUGCACUGGAGGUGGAGGUCAUCCGAGCCCGUGGCCUUGUGGGAAAACCAGGUUCCAAGGCACUGCCAGCACCGUAUGUAAAGGUCUACCUUUUGGAAAACGGAGUCUGCAUAGCCAAAAAGAAAACUAAAGUAGCAAGAAAAACCUUGGAUCCUCUUUAUCAGCAGCAACUGCCGUUUGAGGAGAGUCCAGGAGGGAAGGUUUUACAGGUCAUCGUAUGGGGUGACUAUGGACGUAUGGACCAUAAAUCAUUCAUGGGAGCAGUUCAGAUACUGUUAGAUGAGCUGGACCUGUCCAACAUGGUGAUUGGCUGGUACAAGCUCUUUCCUCCUUCCUCACUGGUGGACCCUACUCUGGCCCCACUGACAAGAAGAGCUUCCCAAUCCUCACUGGACAGUUUCUCUCGAUCAUAGCAGCGUGUGGACUGAUAGCGUUGUUGUAGCAGCCAGUGUUGCGAUUACAGGUCACGCCCCCCCGGUUACACUGCAUGCUUGAUGUUGUGUCCUCUGAGCCUGUUUCUAGGGGUGCAAACGUGAUCCUGUGUUUUGAGCAAAAACGUCGCGCACACUGUGCACGUGGCAAAGCGUAUCGCGAGCGCCUGGUAGCAGGGAUUGCCAGGUGUUGUUGUUUGGAGGAAGCCGGAAUGAACUCCUUAGCACGAGGAAUCCGUCAAUUCCAGGUUUUCAUCCAAUUCGAAGCCAUGGGGGUCAACACUGGGAACCUCUGAAUGAGUUCUACAGAAGCCCUUUUCGAAUGAAAAAUCUGUGUGUUGCUUGAUUUUAUUUUUUUUCCUGUUUCGUUUUCAUUUCUUUUAUUUACUUUUUUCUCUAAAUGUCAGUGUAAUUGUAUCUGAAGGGGGUGACAGUGUUUCUAACCAGAUGCUUGGUCACGCCACGCCAACAGACCUAGCCGUGUAGAUGGAGCUUUUGAGACCAUCACUUUGGGUGAUGUGUGUCCCAGCUUGUAACCACACUCCCACAGACCCCAAAAAGAAAAACCCUGCAUACUCUACAUAUAUCUACCCGAUCAACCCAUACUGGUAAAGCACCAUAAAAGAUUAAUCAAAGGCCACUUUAAAGUGGCUGCCCUCAACACCCCCCACCCAAAAAAAUAAAUAAAUACAGUAACAAUCCAAACUCCAUGAAAAGAUGUACAAUCUUACCAUAUUUCUUUCUCUGUUGAUAUAUUGUAUGAAAAUUAAAUGAUUUUUCUUUUC